AACAAGAGGUAGCAGACUUAAGAAAGCAGGUGGAGACACUGAAACAACAACAACAGCUUGAUGGUCAUCAACUUUCUAGCCUAAACCUUAACACUCAAAAUUAUAACAAUGUUCAAGAUGAGAAUAUCCAAGAGAUAUUGAACAUGAAACCACCAUUAGUAUCUGCACGCCAUUCAGUAUUUUUCAAUGAAGUCCAGAACCCCUAUUCAGCUAUUCUAAAUCAUCGUCCUUAUAAGUGCUUGGGACCACCUGUAUUUUUUUACAAUAAGGUUUUCAAUAAGUUCGUUACUGACUUUAGAAACGAAGAUUUGCCUAUUUCAAAAGAGGUAUUGAAAAUGGUUGAUCCUCUUAUUCAAGAUAUGUCAAAAGGUUAUGAUACUGAGGAUGAUCUUCUUGAUUGUUUUGAAAAACAUCUGAGAAAGAUUAUUUGGCCUAUAGAGAAAAUUAGUAAUAAAGACAAAACUUGUAGCGAUGGUGUUGUAACAGAACCUGUUGAAUCGUUUUACGAAUCUGCAUUAUUAUUUCUGCUUGAAAUAAAAAAUGAGAUCGGAACUGGACUUUGUGAUCCUACAAUACAAGGAUCAUUGUCGUAUGUUCAGCGUUGGGCCCAAGAAAAGUUUAG